CUCUUACAAUUCAAAAGCUUAAAGUAAGCUCAAAGCAAAAGGGAUUCCCUUUUUCAGGUACUUCUUAAGUCAAAUGUUGGCCUUCUUCCCCACUUGAAUUACCAUUUCUCAGCCACUUUUAUUUUAUUUUUAACACCCUUUUCUUCUUUUAUUUUUACAGUACCAGUUUUAUGUUUAUUUCGCGCUGCUUUUUCUUUUAAAGGUGUCAGCAUUGGAUGGAACAAUGGAACUUGCUCGAUUUUCUACCGCUCGCAGUCGCCAAACAGCCGCAGGGUGAAGAGAAACAGACUUAUGAAUACCCAAUUAAUUAUGUUGGUCACACGCUCUACACUUUUGCCUUUUCACGGUCGUUAGUGACGCCCGAGCAAAAACCAUGAUAAGGUUAAAAAACGAAAACAAAAUCUAGCACUUGAGCUAAAGAUGUGAUGAAGACUACCACCAGCUGGGAGUUAUUGAGGAGGUGGCAGAUUGAAAAGUUGUGAGAUGGCAUUUGUAGAUGAAUCGAAAAAGCCUUGCAUCUAAGUAUUCUCCACCAUCAUAUUUCCACUUAAAUUUUCCUAAUUUCUAUGGGCUUCUCCUCUCUGUUCAAUGAUCAAUCAUAUGGUGUAUGGUGCUGUGUGAAUAUGUAUGCUUGCGGUUAAAACAUUUGCAUUUGAAGUAGGCCAGGCCAAAAGAGUUUGCUGUUCGUUUUGGGGAAUCCACACCAUGAUUCACUCAAAAACCACAUUGAACACUGGCGCAGUACUUGAUGGAGUGCGUUGAAUUGGCAGAGGCUUUGAGAGCGGAAAAUAAGCUAAGGUUGCGCAAAUUGACUACAUAUUUUGGGCUGGGGAAUACCUGGGGCCCAGCAUUAUGUGGGCGUGCUCAAUGCAAAUUUGCUCAACCUAGUGGCGGAGUUGAAUGAGUUCGAUGAGUUGGUUUUUCAAGGAACGCACAAUGGCUAAGUUGGUCAAAUUAUAAAUUAUUUUCGAUAAGGAAAAUACCCAAAUUGAGUGACUCUCCGAGUGCCCAAAGUCCCACCUCUUGCACACACAAUGCCCAAAGUCUGAAGAAAGUAAAAAUCCAGCCGACAACCUCGCGGCUACCGUCGCGGCUCUUAGCUCCCCCUUUGCCUCCUCUUUGCCACCUCUUUGCUGCCCCUAUCCCCUCUAAAGACCAAAAACGAAAACGAAACGAAAUGCUCCAUCGGCAAAAACAACACUAAAGGCCAAAGCUGCCUGACAACGACGCCACAAAAUGUUAUGUUGUUGCUGCUGGCGUGGUGUUGUCUUCGGCUUUUGCAUUUUCAGUUUCAAUUUCAGUCGAACUCGGGCAGCAACGGCACACGGAAGCAGCAGAUCGCACUCCGUUCCAACUUCGAAAAACCCUUCAAAAGGCCCAAAACAAACAAAUCCAAUCAUAAGCCCAACUCCCAUUGGAAUUCGGUGCUUAAACUACCAGUACACAGUAAACGCCUUGCUUGACUCGAACAGGCCUAUAAAAAGUGAAAUUCGUCCACUUUUCCCAAUCAGUUUCGCAAUCUUAUCGGGCGUAAUAAAGAUAAAUAUUACAAAAUUCAAUUAAAGCAAUUGGCAGCUCGUUAAAGUUUACACCAAGGCUAAAUUGUCUUUCAGCUAAGCCAAGAUAACGAAAAGCCAAAGAAACGUCGCCGCGGCUUAAACACUUUUUAACACUUUCCAUUUCGUUCAGAGCAGUUUUCGUUGGGUUCGUCAUCGCAGCGGUUGCCUUUCGUCGAGUGUGUUAAAUAAUAGUAAACAAAAUUGUGAACGAAACUACCACAUUUUUCGGCAAAUGUUCAACGGCUUUGUGAACUGAAAACGGAGACUGCAUUUUAAGUUGAUGAUUGGCAAGAUGCAAACGAAGGUGUUUCUGCUGUGCCUGGGACUCUCCUUGAGCACGUUUCUGGCCGCACAAGGACAAUCGAGUGACGCCAACGAUGAGGAGCAACCACUCCAUUUGACCAACGACGGUAAGUGUGAUCAAAAUGCAGGAUGCUGUGCACGGACAUUCACAACUUUAACCCUUAAGGCAGCGUCUUUCUUUCAGCCGCAUCUGCACGAUCGACGACUGGGUCGCCAGUUGAGCGCGGACCUAGCCGAUAGCCAGAGCUCGGCCAGCAGUGUCAGUAGCAGCAGUCAGUCCAGCUCCACCUACGAGGAUGACGAUGAUGACGUUGAGGGUUCCAGCGAGUACUACGAUAGCGACGAGGAACAGUCCGAGGGCAGCAACGAGUCCCUGCCUCGUUUGCUCUCCCAAUCCACCUUCAAUCGCAUCUCUGAGACCUUGGGAGCGCUAAACCACGUGGGACACAUGCUGGUGGACAUAACUCGCGGUGGACAGGAUCUGGCCAAGACGGAGGGGGAUGAGAAGAGUGAGGAUGCGGGCCAGGACAAAAGUCAAUCAGUUGGAGCGCCCAGCUCAACCACAAGUGCUUUAAGCACCACUGAAGUUGUUCCCUCUUCCACAUCCUCCCCACGCGGAAAAUCGGAACCACUUCCAGGAGUCUCCGACAAACUUAUGGAUACUCUACCGAUCACACUCUCUGCCAAUAGCUUGCUACCAGCUGGGAAGCCCGCUAAUCUGAGUGUUAUCCAAGUGGCCACUAAGAGAAUCGGUAUAGAUGACUCUAAUCCCAUGUUUGUGGAAAACAAGGAGCUCAAGCUAAAGAAGAAAAAGAAGAAGAAUAAGAACAAGCAGAAAGUCAAGAAGCCCAGUGAAGAAGGAGUCCCGAUUCCGGCAGCCCAGGGAGCUCAGCAAUCGCAGCAGAAGAUCAAGAUACCCACCACUCCGCGCACCACAACUACGUCCACCACCACCACAGAAGCACCUAUUACUCUGAGCCCAUUGGAUCAGUUGGCAGAGGCUAGUGAUGAGGCGGGAACCGCGAAAGAUGUGGAAAACUACUGCAAGACGCCAAGUGGGAGGAGAGGACGUUGCGAGGAUCUCAGCAGUUGUCCCGCUCUGCUGCUGAAUCUCAGCAGCCUGAGGGAGUCCCUGUGCUUCAAGAGUCUUUAUGUGCCGGGCGUGUGUUGCCCCAUUUCCUCAUCCUCAACUGUUUUGACCACUCAAAAGCCUUUGAGACUGACCACUCGUCCCACGACCACCACCAGCACCACCAAGGCCACGCAGCCCACAAAGAAAACCACUGUUCGACCCACCACGCGCCCCACAUCUGGUCUCGUGCUUAUUCCCCAGAAGAAGCCACCCACUACCACGACGACCACCACGACGGAGGUGCCUCUUGAGCCAGAGGGUCUGGAUGAGAUCGGCAACAACAUCGUGGAUCCCGAUGAGUGCGGUCAGCAGGAGUACUCAACGGGUCGGAUUGUGGGCGGAGUAGAGGCCCCGAAUGGUCAGUGGCCCUGGAUGGCGGCCAUUUUCCUCCACGGACCUAAGCGCACCGAGUUCUGGUGCGGUGGCUCGUUGAUAGGCACCAAGUAUAUCCUCACGGCUGCGCAUUGCACGCGGGACUCGCGACAGAAACCAUUUGCUGCUCGACAGUUUACAGUUCGCUUGGGUGACAUCGAUCUGUCCACGGAUGCCGAACCCUCAGACCCCGUGACAUUUGCCGUCAAGGAAGUGCGCACCCAUGAGCGCUUCUCCCGCAUUGGUUUCUACAAUGACAUUGCCAUUCUGGUUUUGGAUAAGCCAGUGAGGAAGUCGAAGUAUGUGAUCCCUGUCUGCCUGCCAAAGGGAAUCAGGAUGCCGCCCAAGGAGCGUCUUCCCGGACGCAGGGCCACCGUCGUGGGCUGGGGCACCACCUACUAUGGUGGCAAGGAAUCCACCAGCCAACGGCAGGCGGAACUGCCCAUCUGGCGGAAUGAGGAUUGCGACCGCAGUUACUUCCAGCCCAUUAACGAGAACUUCAUCUGCGCAGGAUACUCCGAUGGUGGAGUGGAUGCUUGUCAGGGCGAUUCUGGCGGCCCUUUGAUGAUGCGAUAUGACUCCCACUGGGUUCAACUGGGAGUGGUAUCCUUUGGCAACAAGUGUGGUGAGCCCGGGUAUCCAGGUGUCUAUACUCGAGUCACUGAAUACCUGGAGUGGAUACGCGACCACACGAGGGAUUAAUCACUUUCCCGAUCCAAUCGAUCCAACCGAUCCACCUUAGCCGUAACUGUAGCCUAGAUUUAGGUACGCACUAGUCUAUGUACUCUUAAUGAACAUCCCCCCUGAUCUAAGCAGUGUACUAUUUAUUAACCGCAUCCCAUUGCAAUCAUUGAUGAUUGGCAUUUGUUGACUAAAUUAAUAUAUAUUAUAUUUAAUUUUGAUAAAUAAAUUGUGUAAACAAAAUGACACUGGAAA